AUGGAUCCACGCAAUGCCAUCCCAGUGACUCUCCCAAGAGACAAGCCCACGCAGAGCUACUGGCAGCUCGAACCAGACGAGAUCGCUGACCUGCGCUCUACCGAGUCUCUCCCGAGCGACGCGGAUGUGGUGAUCAUUGGGAGUGGCAUCACCGGCGCUGCUGUGGCUUAUAACCUCUUGAGCAAUGGAGCUCAGAACGUGGUGAUGCUCGAGGCGCGACAGGCCUGCUCCGGUGCCACUGGACGCAAUGGCGGACACACGAAAGCUGCCUCGUACCGUUCGUUCCUCCAGCACCAGCAAGACCACGGCACGGCCACGGCUGUCAAGAUCGCCCGUCUCGAGCUCGCCAACAUCCGCGCCGUGCAUACGUUCGCCAGGGAACAUGGACUUGACUGCGAUAGCAACCCCUGCGGUACCGUCGACGUGAUCUAUGAUGCGAAGCAGUGGGAGGCCGACCAGCGUGCCGUGAAAGCCAUGCAAGCUGCGAUGCCUGGCGACGAUGCCUCCGUCUAUACCUUGCACAGCGCUGAAGAGGUGCGCGAGAAGUUCUACUGUGGUAAGGGUGGGAACGAAGCUGUCUCGGGCGGGAUCUCGUACGAGGCGGGAAGCCUUAGUGCGUACAAGCUGGGCAGCGGUAUCCUGAAGCUCGAUUUACAGAAGGGUUUGAACUUGCAGACAAACACGCCGGCCCUUAGUCUGAACAAGGUCGACGAUAGUGGUAGGUGGCAGGUUGAGACGCCGAGGGGCACAGUCACAACCAAGAGAGUAGUGGCGGCCACCAACGGAUACACAGCGCACUUGUUGAAGAGAUUCCAAGGCGUCAUCGUUCCAUUGCGUGGGCACGUCACCGCGCAGAGACCCGGACAGAAUAUGCCCAAGGAGGGGUUGCCGGCGACGUACAGUUUUAUCUACGAAAAUGGCUAUGACUACAUGAUCCAACGAGCGAAAGGUCCGCAGUUUGAAGGGGACAUAGUGAUUGGAGGCAGCUUGACCGCGGCACCUGCGGAUGGUCUCGAGGAAUACGGCACGACGGACGACACCGGCUUCGACGAGGUCAUCGUCCAGACCCUGAAUACGACGCUACCUGAGUACUUUGGCGAAAGCUGGGGUGAGGAUCAUCCUGAUGGGCGCGUGCGCAAGACCUGGACUGGUAUCAUGGGCUAUAGCCCAGACGGGUUUCCGUUCGUGGGCGAGAUGCCCGGUGAGGAGGACCUAUGGAUAUCCUGUAGCUUCCAAGGGCACGGUAUGGUGCUCUGUUGGAUGUGUGCUCGUGCUCUGGUCGCUAUGAUGGAGGGUCAUGACAACCAGGAACUAGACUCCUGGUUUCCUGAGGCUUUUCGAGUCAGCGAGAAGAGGCUCGCGCUCAGCUUUCGUGGUCGUCUACAUACUGGCGCCGAGCCUUCACCUUAUGAUAGUUGA